AUGUCGCGUCGACGGCGUGAACUUGCGCAAAACCACCCUCGGGCCGUGGUACUUAUCUCUCGUUGUCGUUCUUGGCUCCCGCCGUUGAACUUCAUAACCAUCCAUUAUGCCUACUUCAUCAGCGUUUGUCUGGUCUCGUCACUUGUCUUUUGGGGGUCGUCCAGUCCAGCUUGGAGCAUCAGCUAUACUGACAGCUUGUUCCUGGUUGUAUCCGCCAUGACGGAAGCUGGCUUGAACACAGUCAACCUAAGUCAACUGACAACGUGGCAGCAGUCGCUACUUUUUCUCCUCAUCAUAUUUGGCAGCUCCAUCUGGGUGUCUAUAUGGACGGUCAUGACGAGGAAACACGCCUUCGAGCAACGCUUUCGGGAUGUGAUUCAAUCAGAGCGCCGGCGACGAACUUCUCAUGGAGGAAGCGCUCUCAGUCUCGGCAGAUUACCGAAUUUUCGUUCAUCUCGGCGAUCGCUAUCAUCGCACACAGCCCAGCACCAACCCGCAGCUUACAGACUGAGUUCCAUAGAUAACCAGCACGUUUCGCUUCCCCAAACGAACCGGCUCGAGGCUGAUGCCACCACCAACUUUGAUCGAGCUUGUAUCAAUGGCGAAGCCUCCGAAAACACAAAUCCCACUCAUAUCGCUUUUGUAGACACUAAUCUCCCGGACAUGCAAGUCCACGAUGGGAUCAAGGCCACGUCAACAGCGGCCCAACAUGUCCCCCUCGAUAACCAGCCAGUAUACCGAAGCGUACUCGCUCAUGGCAGGCCAGAAGAGGGCACAAAGUGUCAUUCUGGCAUGCGAAGCUUCCUCACUCAUCGUUCCAGCAAUAGAAACGCUCAGUUCUUCGACCUGACCAACGAAGAACGGGAACAGCUAGGCGGUUGCGAGUAUCGAGCGCUCAAAGUCCUUGCCUUGCUUGUGCCUGUCUACUUUGUCCUCUGGCAGUCUCUUGGCUGCAUCGCGCUCGGAGCCUGGAUCAACAACAACCAAGCCGAGCCGCCGCUGAGAAAUGGCAUAAACCCCUGGUGGCUGGGGAUAUUCAACGGCGCCUCGGCAUUCAACAAUUCAGGAAUGUCGCUCUUGGAUGCCAAUAUGAUUCCCUUUCAGAACUCAUACUUUGUUCUUGUCACCAUGGGGCUGAUGAUUCUCGCCGGCAAUACGGCCUAUCCUGUCUUUUUGAGGCUCAUUGUUUGGUCUCUCUUGAGGUUGUUAUCUCUGGUGACACGAGAGGAGGAGUACAACCCCCUUAAGGACACCUUGAAAUUUAUUCUUCAGUACCCGCGCCGCAUCUAUACCAACCUCUUUCCCGCUCGCGCCACUUGGUGGCUAUUGUUUAUGCUCGUUUUGCUGAACAGCAUUGACUGGGUCGCUUUCGAGGUUCUCAACAUUGGCAACCCACCUAUCGAAAGCAUACCUCCUGGAUCUCGCGUGCUUGAUGGGUUGUUUCAAGCUAUUGCCGUACGUUCGGGUGGGUUUUAUGUUGUUCCCAUCCCAUCAGUAUACACCGGACUGCAAGUCUUGUAUGUGAUCAUGAUGUAUAUAUCAGCGUACCCGGUGGUGGUCACAAUGCGACAUUCAAACGUCUAUGAAGAGCGGUCUCUUGGUAUCUAUGUUGAAGACGAUGCGCCUGAUUCAGAUCCAGAACAAUCUCCCCUCACUCAUCACGGACCGCCACCCAGUAGGGUUUCCCCUCAAGGCGGCCUGUCAGCACUUCACCGAGCGUUUAGUUGGACGGUAACAUGGCAUGGUGUUGGGGCUCGGCCACCUUCUCUCCGGAGGCCCGAGUCGCGCAUCAGCUUCAUCAGCCAGCAGAUACACGGACAAUUGGCCCACGACCUCUGGUGGUUAAGUCUGGCGAUUUUGGUCAUCGUUACCAUCAAUACGAGCAACUUCAUGGCAGAUCCCAUCAACUUCAGUGUUUUCAACGUCAUAUUCGAGGUGGUGUCGGCGUAUGGCUGCGUUGGCAUCAGCGUUGGAGUACCACACGACUCAUACAGUUUUUGUGGGGGUUGGCAUCCCGUGUCAAAACUCUUACUUUGUGUUGUCAUGCUUCGUGGCAGGCACAGGGGGUUACCGGUCGCCCUAGAUAGGGCUGUUCGACUUCCCGGUGAGGAGCUUGAGCAGGAAGAGGAGGAGGAUCAUCAGAUUAGGAUGAGCAUGGGGGGCAACCGUCGAGUAAGCAGUGAAGCCUAG